AGGGCUGGGGCCGGAGGCGGGGCGGGGGGCCGGGGCGCCGCGUCAGGGCCUAAGCGCCUCUCCCCAGGGGCCAGGCCGCUGUCCCGCCGCAGCCGCUGCGCACGGCUGCCAGGAGCGUAAGCGCCGCGACCGCCCAGCACCCGGGGGAGCGCAGAGCGGAACGGACGUCGCAGACGGGACGGCGCCCUGAGGUAGUUGGUUCUCUCCGGGGCGCCGUAGGCAUCAGGUGACUGGGUCCCGGCGGAGUCACGUGAUGCGGGGGCGCCCGUCCGGGACAUGGCCGCCCACAGGCCGCUGUCGCGCUUCUGGGAGUGGGGGAAGAACAUCGUGUGCGUGGGCAGGAACUACGCAGACCACGCCAGGGAGAUGCGCAGCGAGGUGCAGGCCGAGCCGGUGCUCUUCCUGAAGCCGUCCACCGCCUACGCCCCCGAGGGCUCGGCCAUCCUCAUGCCGGCCUACACCCGCAACCUGCACCACGAGCUGGAGCUCGGCGUGGUGAUGGGCAGGUGCGGCCGCGCCGUCCCCGAGGUCGCCGCCAUGGACUACGUGGCCGGCUAUGCCCUGUGCCUGGACAUGACCGCCAGGGACGUGCAGGACGAGUGCAAGAAGAAGGGGCUGCCCUGGACGCUGGCCAAGAGCUUCACGACCUCCUGCCCGGUCAGCGCGUUCGUGCCCAAAGAGAAGGUCCCGGACCCUCACAACCUGAAGCUCUGGCUCAAGGUCAACGGCGAACUCAGGCAGGAGGGUGACACCUCCUCCAUGAUCUUUUCCAUCCCCUACAUUAUCAGCUACGUGUCCAAGAUCAUGACCCUGGAAGAAGGAGAUAUUAUCUUGACCGGGACGCCGAAGGGAGUCGGGCCCGUUAAAGAAAACGAUGAGAUCCAGGCUGGCAUACACGGGGUGGUCAGUAUGAGAUUCCAGGUGCAGGGGCCCCGGUGUUGAGUCUGCGCAAAGCACCGUAACUUACUGAGUUCUCAGGAGAGGAGGGAGCUGGACAGAAACCGGCAAAGCUAGUUAAAUGUGACAAUCCUUUAAUAAGAAUCUAAUUCUUCUUUUCUUUUGCAAUAAGAAACUGAAUUUUUAAACUGUGAUUUAAUUGGAUCGUUAGGACUUCAGCAAGAUGGACCCUUCAAGGAAAAUGUGAUGUAGAAAAGCUGGGCCAGAAAUGGUAAGAAGAUUGUCUUUUAGGAAACAACCACAUUAAAGUUUUUGUUAUGCUUCCAAAGAGGAGAAUUUAUUUAUCAAACCAAAUGUUCAGAAGACUUACUUUCCUUUCCUAGAACUGGACCGGAUAAGACUUUUCAUUGGGAUGUUCUGAGAUCAGUAAUUCAAAACUUAAAAUAUGCAAAGGAAUUUUGAAAAUCAUGUUUUCUAAAUUUCCUCAAUCAUGAUGAUCAUCUGAAGGUAUUUGUAAAAAUAAAAAUUUCCACGUUACUGGCCCAUA